CCAAUCCUAUGAUUGGCCUAGACAUGGAUAUUCAAAGGAUAAAAGAAAAGAGAAAAGGCAAUUACAAUCUACAGUAGCUCUCUGAGUCCAGCCAUGAUGAACACAGUGAAGUACGGAAUCAUUGGAGUAGGAAUGAUGGGCAGAGAGCACCUCAUCAAUCUCCACCAUCUUCGUCACCAGCACGUAGCUGUUGUCUGCAUAGCUGAUCCUCAUCUUCCUUCCCAGCAACUCGCCCUUCAACUCGCCCAAUCCUAUGAUUGGCCUCUUCAGGUGUUCUCAGGGCACAGAGAGCUACUGGACAGUGGGCUUUGCGACGUUAUCCUUGUUUCGUCUCCGAACAUGACUCAUUAUCAAAUCCUCAUGGACAUCAUUAACCACCCAAAACCUCACCAUGUUCUGGUAGAGAAGCCCCUCUGUACUACCGUUGCGGAUUGCAGGAAGGUUGUAGAUGCUGCUAAAAAGAGGUCAGAUAUGCUUGUACAAGUUGGACUAGAGUACAGAUACAUGCCACCAGUUGCUAAGCUAAUUGACAUUGUCAAAGCCGGGUCUCUUGGACAAGUCAAAAUGGUGGCAAUUAGGGAACAUAGAUUUCCAUUUCUGGUUAAGGUUGACAAUUGGAAUCGGUUUAAUGCUAACACGGGAGGAACUUUGGUAGAAAAAUGUUGCCAUUUCUUUGAUCUUAUGAGGCUGUUUGCAGGUGCAAAUCCUGUUCGAGUGAUGGCCUCUGGAGCUGUAGAUGUUAAUCAUAAAGAUGAAGUCUAUGAUGGAAAAGUUCCAGACAUCAUAGACAAUGCAUAUGUGAUUAUCGAAUUUGAUAAUGGCUCAAGAGGGAUGCUUGAUCUUUGCAUGUUUGCUGAAGGGAGUAAAAAUGAACAAGAAAUAUCUGUUGUUGGUGACAUUGGAAAGGGGGAGGCCUUUGUUCCUGAGAGCAUCGUGCGCUUUGGUACGCGAGUGGCAGGAAGAGAUGGUGUCCAAACAUCGAAAGCUGUCGAUGAACGAAUUAAAUAUGAUGGACUGCAUCAUGGGUCUAGCUAUCUAGAACACCUUAACUUCCUAUCUGCAAUUCGAGCACAAGGGGAAAAAACUCCUUCAGUUGAUUUGCAGGACGGUUUGAUAUCGGUAGCUAUUGGGGUUGCAGCUCAACUUUCUAUUGAGAAGGGUCGAUUUGUUACAAUCAGUGAAGUCAUGGACGAGCAUUUUUAAGUAGGUGGUGUGCAAAAACGGAAGCAAACUGAAUUGUAGAACAUAAUAACUGAACCAAACCAACAAAUUUUGUUAGAUUCGGUUUUGGAGGUAAAAAAAUUCCAGUUCAGUUUUAGUACAUACUGAACCAAAAAGCCCGAACCGAACUGAAAAAUUUAACCAAACCUACUGGCUUUGGUUUGGUUUGAAAAAGUGUAUAUCCUUGUAAAUUUGCUCCGGUUUGACUUUGACAAAAAGCAGUUCGGUUUGGUUUACUGAAUGCACACCCCUAUUUUCAAGUGUUCCAUUAUAAAACUUGCUAUUAAUUACAGAUUUCAACUGUUUUUCUUUAUAUAUAUAUAAUUCAGUCUUUAAUGUUUCAA